AUGGUAGUUAUCCCUAGUUUUCAGAAGAAAGAUAUUGGAAAGCUAACAAAUCCAAUAGCAUCUGCUUCUUCCGUCCUUCUUCGACAGAAGAUUGUCAAAAGAUGCCGUGAAGACAUAUAUCACUUUUUGAACCAUGAAAAUGGACAAAUAGCCAUAUAUGAUGCUGUUAACCCACUGGCUGCUGGUAGAAUAUCUCUCUCAAGAGAAUUUGCGAAGCAAGAUAUCGAGUAUGUGGGGUGGGAUUCCCAGGUGGCUGUAAAAGAUUAUCUAGCUCGAAUAUCCGCGAGAAUUCCACUGUUCGAAACCAUGCAAGAGCAAGAGUUGAACUAUAUCAAGAUGUUUAACGCCGGUGAAAAGAUGAUGAUUAACAACCGUGGAUUUGGUUAUCUCCAUCAUCGGAUUGUUUUUUACCUGUUGAACCUACAUAUCAAGAACAGGCGUACCUAUUUUGUCAGGGCCGGCACUUCUAUGGAGUCAGACUCGUACAAAGCCGAUUCGUCACUUUCGUCAAAAGGGGAAGAUUAUGCCCGCAAGAUGACUGACACGCUCAUUAAACAUCGGGAAGAAGAGAGAAAAGUCCUACUAGAACAGGGCGAGCCUGAUCCACAGCUCAGGCCACUCAUAAUCUGGUCUUCAACCCGACGCAGAUCUAUAGAAACUGCACAAUUUCUUCGUUUACAGGGAUACAAAGUCCGACAUCGUUCUCAAAUGAGCCAGCUGAAUCCAGGAGUAUGCGAGAAGAUGUCGGAAGAACAGAUCAGAAAAGAAUAUCCUGAUGAAGUAGAAAUGCAUGACUUGGACCCCUAUCACCACAGGUAUCCCAGAGCUGAGUCAUAUCACGACUUGGCCGUGCGCCUUGAGCCUGUCAUCCUUGAGCUUGAACGUGAACAAAACGAUCUGCUUAUCAUUGCACAUGAAAGCGUCUUGAGAGUGUUAUAUGGGUAUUUAAUGGCGUGUAACUCUACAGAUAUCCCGUUUCUGUCCUUCCCACGCGACCAGAUAAUUGAGAUAAUCCCUGGCAGCUAUAAUAACCAGGCAAAACGCAUUCACAUACCAGAUCUUCCACCAGAAAUUGUUCCAGGUUCACCAGAGGACAUUAAGAUUCCCGUCCCACCGAGUGGCAUCGUUUCACCAAUGCCUGGUGGUGGGCUGGAUGGCUCCUCUUUUGAAAGGGGCGCAACUCCGCAGCUCGGAUUUAGGGCACCCAAAGAUCCAGAAAAGAUAUCCCAGCACCAUGCCGAAGAUGUCGUCUGA